AUGGGAUCACCGGAAGCACCGGCAGCACCGGCAACGCAUGACCGCGACCGAGGCCUGCGCCGGUCAUGCCACGACCGGAACCACGCAAAAGUUCGUCGUUCGUCGGGUCCUGGCCCACCCGCGGCCCGCUCGGUGAGCGGGAUGACGGCCGGACCGAGGAACAGGGACCGAGGGGCCGCCGAUCUCGGAGAUCUGACGGCGGAGGACGAGAUCCGGUCCCGCCCGCGCGGAAGGCAUGACCCGGUCCCGGGAGUCCGGCCUGGCGUGUGCGCUUCGUGCGAUGAAUGGGACGUCGAGGACGGUACGACGCUGAAGAAGAGCGCGGGGCCGGAUGCAGACUCGUACUUGGAGGCGGAGUCGAGCUCGCUCGCCCGCUCCUGCUGCUGCUGCGCAAGAAGACGAGGGCGAGAAGGAGGAGGAGGAGGAGGAGGAGCAGCAGGAGAGACGACGACGACGACGAAGGGACAACGAGCGAGGAGGAGACAGUGA